AAUGAAUCCGUUGAGUCGAACAACAUUAGUCGGACAACAGAGGCUAAUUCUCGUUUAACUAGAUAAAACCUGUCGUAAAUGACACUGACCUGGUUUCAGCCCCGUUGGUUGGGCCCAUUGUUCUUCGCCUGAUUUACAAAAAGCCGCGGUUUAACACGGUUAACGCUACUAUUUCACUGUUUAUAGACGUUUGUAAGCUAACAUCAGCUAACCAGCUGACGAACAGCCACCCUGUCUCUAAAUGGAUCAAACGGAGGAUUUAUCUGCUCGGGUCCUGCUGAAAAAUAUCCUCAGCACCGAGCCACCCAGGACUCCCAUAACCCGCAGUGCCUCCAAUGUCCAGAGUGCCAGUGGGAUACGGCGCAGCAACAGACUGAGCAAGAAAGAUGCUGGAGCUCAAACCCCACAGGACAUCCUGAGGCGCAGCUUGAAACACAAAGUCCGUGAGAGUAUAACCAGGAAAUCUCUGCCUGCUACUAAAAGGAGGACUACUUCGGUUGUGCUCAGAAAGAACACUCCUGCUCCAUCCUCAAUGCUGUUUGAUGACGGAGACACACCAAGGCACAUACUCAGAAACAUCCUGCUGACAGAGCCUGUGAAGUCCCCGGUGGUUCACGAGAGAGCUGGGUCAGAAGAGCCACAGCUGCCUUCAGCUAACUCCAGCAUUACCAGCAAGCGUCCUAGUAUUGAGCUGUCAGGGUUGGAUCUGCCUGAUUUAACUAUUGGCAACGCAGCAAGCAUUGCAAAGGGCCUGAGCAGAAAGAGACCACGCCGGAGCCUCAAUGUAACAGCUUUUGAAAAACGACUUAAAGAUGGAAAUGAUGUUGAAGAGGAAAAUGAAAAAUCAGUUGGCGACCUUUCAUCCCUUUCUUUGUCAAGUUCCAAUUCGUUGAGUUUAAAGACACCCUUUGUGGAUGUUUGGACUGAGAAACGGGGCCUGCAGAGAAAAGUUCCCAACCGUCGAAAAAUCACAGAGGAAGAAUUUGGCGCUGCUGUAAAUAAACGGCAGUUGGCAGGAGAUCAUGGAGUGAGCAGAUUUGAGCCGGUGGAGGGCGGUCUCAAUGAGACCACCUACUCUGAGGGCUUCACCCUGGGCCUAAGCCCCCUCAGUGAACCUGAUAUCACGACUGACAUAGUCAACUGUGACACGGCCCUCUACACCCACCCUGAUGCCAUGACCUCCAACUAUUCCAUUGUCGCAACGCAGGACAAACCCACAGUGAUGGCUUCUCAGCUUCAGAGACAGAUGAGGGACAUGGAGCAGAUGGAAGCAGAGCAGAGCAAGAUGGGGGAAGAGAAGUCAGUGUAUGUAUUUCCAGCUGAGGAGGGGAUCAUGGCAGAAACUCAGAAUGAAGAAUGUGCUCCUGAGUCUGAGUCGCAGAAAGAUGUGGAUGCAGCUGAAUGUCUAAAGGGGGAGGGGAGGAGUACAGCCGAUGGUCUACCCGACGCUGCAGCCAUGUUGAAAUCAAAGGAAGAGGAAGGUGUAGCUGAAUCUCAGGCUUAUGUGAGCCCUGAUACAACUGAUUAUGCAGUGGAAGCUCAAACAGACGAGGAAGGGGCAGCUGAUCUUCAAACCGAAGGGGAUGCUGCCUGCAGGUCUCAGUCUGAGGAAGAAGAGGCUGCACCUGACUCCCAUACUGAAGAAGUAGAAGGUGGAGUUGAUUCCCAGUUUGAAGAGGAUGUUGCAGCCAAGUCUCAGUCUGAGGAAGAGGAGGUUGUACCAGACUCUCAAGCUGAAGAAGAGCACAAAGGUGCAGAUGAUUCUCAGUCAGAGGAGGAUGUUGAAGCCAGGUCUCAGUCUGAGGAAGAUGUGGGUGCGGCUGAGUCUCAGACUGAAGAGAAGUAUGAUGGGAUGCAGGAGGAGGAGGAGGGGAGCGAGCAGGCGUCAGAACAGCUGGAACAUGACUUGGAACACAUCACUCGAAGGGCUCAUCGCUCUGAAGGAGGACUCAUUAUGCCUGUUACAGAAACAGGGGGGUAUUUGACAGAUAACGCAGAGGCAGGAUGGUCUGAGGGCAAGUCCAAAACACACAGUACUAUGGAUCUACACCACAGCUUGAAAACAGGGAGCCACGAGAGCAGCCAGCCUCUUAUUGGGAUGACUGACUGGGCUGAGUCUUCAACCCAAGGACAGAAAGAUGCUCCAUGUACAGAGGCCAGGCCUGAUGCUGAUAAAGAGAACUCCUUUCCUGUUCUGGAGAUGACACAUGGUAUUGAGGACAACGGCCACCCGAGUGAUGCAUCGUCUGAGGAAGCUGCUGGUUCGGACCCUGCUGAACAGGAAGAAGAGCUGGAGGAUGAAGAUGAUGACGAUGAGAGUGAGGAAUUCCCCUGCAAGACUCCAGCGUUUGUGCGAGAGAAAAGAAAGUUUUUCCAGCCUGAUCCUCAGGCCUCACCCUCUGUUCUUAAGAAUAUUCAAACCAGUAGUACAGGUGAAGCUUUACCUGGAUCUAAACCAAAGAAGGUGCAACAGAGGAAGAGGGGGCCUACUAACAAAGAAGCAGGCCUUCCUAAGAACUACCUUAUGGGCGUGUUCAAACACUUCGCCAAAAUGAAGGUCUCUGCUGAUGUUUACCCUGUCCUAAAACAAAUAAUGGAUAAAUUCUUUGACCGACUAGCUGACGACUUGGAGACGUAUGCAGGUCACGCAAAGAGAAAAACCAUCGAGGUGGAGGAUGCUGAACUCCUGUUGAAAAGGCAGGGUUAUGUGAAUGACAAGGUGCCAGUGGAAGUGCUUAUUGAAAAAUAUCUUCGCAUGGAGCAACGUAAGCUCCUGAUCCCCAUUGCAACCAGUGGAAAUGUCGUCGUCCCUAAAAAGCGGAGGUGAAUGUUUUAAGUACAGCUAUAUUUUUUUCUGGUUUCAUCUCUUGGACUGCUGCAUAUUUAUCUGACACUGCAUUUGAUUUGUCUCUGUCUGUAGUGCUGUUGAUCAGAAUAUAAAGAUUUCUGUAAAUUUGUAAUUAUUUGUUAACAUAUUCACUGAGAAUUCAGUUUUCUGUGUCUGUGUAUCUUCCUGUCUGUCAUUAUUUCUUAUGCUGUAUUACUAUGAUGUCUGACUCAAGAUUAAUACAAGUAUGUGUCAACUUUCUUCAUUUAUCUUUUUGUGCAUAUACUGUUUUCUGACAGUAUGAAACAAAAGCUGGUGCACAGAUCUUUUAAAGUAACAAAUGCUGAAAUAAAGUUCCCUGU